CUCUGUUUCAAAAAAAAAAAGGGAAAAAAAGAGGACGACGACCUGCAGCUCAGGACGCCCAUUUUUCCUGUGUGUGGAAGGUCCUAAAUGAUUAGCCCCUAUGACCAACAUGAGCUGGAGUUUCCUAACACGCCUGCUAGAAGAAAUCCACAACCACUCCACCUUCGUGGGGAAGAUCUGGCUGACGGUCCUGAUCGUCUUCCGCAUCGUCCUGACGGCCGUCGGAGGCGAGUCCAUCUACUCGGAUGAGCAGAGCAAGUUCACCUGCAACACGAAGCAGCCUGGCUGCGACAACGUCUGUUACGACGCCUUCGCGCCGCUGUCGCACGUCCGCUUCUGGGUCUUCCAGAUCAUCAUGAUCUCCACCCCGUCCGUCAUCUACCUGGGCUAUGCCAUCCACAGGAUCGCGAGGUCCUCCGAGGAGGAGAAGAGACGGACCCAGGCCUUCAAGAAGAAGAAGCAGUUUGCCCUCAACUGGCAGCCGGCCCGCAAUUUGGAAGACCCCCUGGGGGCGGACGAGGAGGAGCCCAUGAUCGUGGAGGAGGCUGGGGAGCGCGAGGAGAAGGCCAGCACGAAGGAGGAGGAGAAGAAGAAGAAGAAGGACCAGCAGAAGCACGACGGCCGGCGACACAUCCAGGAGGAGGGCCUGAUGAAGAUCUACGUCUUCCAGCUGCUCACCAGGGCCUCCUUCGAGGUGUGCUUCCUGAUAGGCCAGUACAUGCUCUACGGCUUCGAGGUGACGCCGUACUACCUGUGCAGCCGGGACCCCUGCCCGCACGACGUGGACUGCUUCGUCUCCAGGCCGACCGAGAAGACCAUCUUCCUGCUGGUGAUGUACGUGGUCAGCUGCCUCUGCCUCCUCCUCAACCUGGCCGAGAUGUGCCACCUGGGCGUCGGCACCAUCCGGGACGCCCUCCGGGAGCGAAAGGUACACAGCUUCCGGCAGGCCCCCUACAACUACGCCGCCUACCCGAAGAACAUCUCCUACCCCCCGGAGUACAACCUGGUGGUCAAGGCGGACAAGCAGCCCAGGGUGCCCAACAGCCUGAUGGCGCACGAGCAGAACCUGGCCAACGUGGCCCAGGAGCAGCACUGCGCCAGCCCGGACGAGAACGUCCUGCCGGACUUGUCCGCCCUGCACAAGCACUUGCAGGGGGCCCAGGAGCAGCUGGACGUCGCCUUCCAGAGCUGCAGUAACACCCGGGCGGCCGCGCAGGCCUCGCGGACCGGCAGCCCCGCCUCCGGGGGCACCGUGGCCGAGCAGAACCGCGCCAACGCCGUGCAGGAGAAGCACGGGGCCAAGCCCAGGGCCGGUUCGGAGAAGGGGAGCGCCAACGGCAAGGACGGGAAGAACUCUGUGUGGAUAUAG